UCGAUCAACGUAUGUCUCGAAUCUGCCCCGAACCAAUAAACCCAUGAUUCUUCCAAAGAGUCACAACGUCAGACACUGCCACAAAAUCUUACUAGCGGUUACAAUUUAUGCCAAGACUAGUCGUGGCGCUUACCACUUACUGGGGGGUAACAUGCUAGUUAUAUCAGGCAGGUCUGUCUGUCGGUUGCAUUAACUUGUGGAGGCUGAGUCUAUAUUUCACGCCCAUGAUGUUCUAGAGUGCGACUCCAGAGCUCUGUCGUGUCGGCCCACAUCGGCACCCGUGAAUCUGUCUUCGCGGUUCUACUUCUAAUGGCAUGCGGGGUGUUCUCUCGGAAAUAGUAGAAGAUGGAUUCUACCGAAGGUCGAUAUCGCGACAACUUUGACGUGAUAUCUGAACCUAGGAGUGAAAAACAGCCCUCAUCCACGACUUCAACGUCGAUUUCGUUCCUUUCCAUACCAAUCUCAUUGGUACUUGUCUCCCUGGCAUUACUUGUUUGCAACGUUACUCUAUACACCCAAAAUCAGCGGCUGAGGCUAGCCGCGAAAGAUGAUGGGUUUACUGGCAUAUAUGCCCAUGGGAAGACAUGGGACCAAUAUCACACCUACACUAAAUAUGGCGACGUAAAUCAGUCUGUGUCCGAUGCUGAAUGGGCAUCUUUUACGACAAAUGGCUUCGUUGCUAUCCCGCACGAUGAGGCAGCAGAUUUCGGACUUCCUGCUGCCGAAGACUUUCCCGAUGACGCGAGUAAAGGAGUGUAUGUCCUUACAGGGUUUCACGACAUUCACUGCGUGAUCUACCUACGAGACGCGAUCAAGGACUUGAUGGCGAACAAACCGGUAGACGACAAACUCAUCCACAUCAACCACUGCUACGACUCUCUCCGCCAGUCCAUCCAGUGCCGCGCCGACGACACCCCAUUGUAUAUCCCAUACCGGUCGAAGCUAACGGGAGAUGGGCAAUUUAGGCGCUGUCGAGACUGGAAUGCGUUGACAUCGUGGGCGCAGAAGAACACCGCUUGUUGGCCUACUGGUCAUUGUGCUGACCUUGAAUAAACUCUGUAUGAAUGCAUGAAAAUGCCAUUCAAUAUUGAUAGCCCUUGGUCCUCAACAAUGCGCCGAUAAUUAAAAUAUAUUUGGAUAUCUAUCCUUCAUAAUUCUAAUUAAUUUUAUGAUUUUUGAUAUUUAAAAUCUUAAAUAUUG